CCAAGUGGCUUCCUGCUGCUUGCCUCUAAACCCCUCCACAUUCCUGCAGCCCUUCAGAUCGCCAGAACUGUUCUGCCUGCCGCCUGCUGCCUGCCUGCCUGCCUGCGCCAAGGGUUCCCAGCACCAUGAGGGCCUGGAUCUUCUUUCUCCUUUGUCUGGCCGGGAGGGCCUUAGCAGUGCCUCAGCCGACUGAAGCCGCUGAGGAGAUAGUGGCGGAGGAAACCGUGGUGGAGGAGACAGGGCUACCUGUGGGUGCCAACCCAGUCCAGGUGGAAAUGGGAGAGUUUGAGGAUGGUGCCGAGGAAACUGUUGAGGACGUGGUGGCUGACAAUCCCUGCCAGAACCACCACUGCAAACACGGCAAGGUGUGUGAGCUGGAUGAGAGCAACACCCCGAUGUGUGUGUGCCAGGACCCCACCAGCUGCCCUGCUCCCAUCGGCGAGUUUGAGAAGGUGUGCAGCAAUGACAACAAGACCUUCGAUUCCUCCUGCCACUUCUUUGCUACCAAGUGCACCCUGGAGGGCACCAAGAAGGGCCACAAGCUCCACCUGGACUACAUCGGGCCAUGCAAAUACAUCGCCCCCUGCCUGGACUCCGAGCUGACCGAGUUCCCUCUGCGCAUGCGCGACUGGCUCAAAAACGUCCUGGUCACCUUGUACGAGAGAGAUGAGGGCAACAACCUCCUCACUGAGAAGCAGAAGCUGCGUGUGAAGAAGAUCCAUGAGAAUGAGAAGCGCCUGGAGGCUGGGGACCACCCCGUGGAGCUGCUGGCCCGAGACUUUGAGAAGAAUUACAACAUGUACAUCUUCCCUGUCCACUGGCAGUUUGGCCAGCUGGACCAGCACCCCAUUGAUGGGUACCUGUCCCACACUGAGCUGGCCCCGCUGCGCGCUCCCCUCAUCCCCAUGGAACAUUGCACCACACGCUUCUUCGAGACCUGUGACCUAGACAAUGACAAGUACAUUGCCCUGGAGGAGUGGGCCGGCUGCUUUGGCAUCAAGGAGCAGGACAUCAACAAGGAUCUGGUGAUCUAAGCUCAAACCUCCUGCUUCCGUCCCUCGUUUUUUUUUUCCCUCCACCCCUUCCAUUCCCCCCUUGUUUAAAAUGUUUGGAUGGUUGGCUCUUCUGCCUGGGGAUAAGGUGCUAACAUAGAUUUAACUGAAUUUCAUUAACGGUGCUAAAAAAAAAAAAAAGAAAAAAAAAAAGAAAAAGUAAAGGAGACUAUAACCCAAGUCACGGCCUUUUCCCACAUAACUCGACUCUGAGGCUGUGGCCCGUCCACAGCCCCCUUGUUCCCUGCACUGCCCAGUGUCUCACUGGCUGUGUUGCACAACCUUGCCUUACGCAAGCAUGAAGUAUCUCUUAGCUUUCAUUUCUAUUUUCCACUUGACUCUUAGCACUCGCCCUGUCCAACACCUUUGCUUAUUUCAUUUCCCGGUGUGGGUGGGCUACCCUGGGUGAUUUGCAGGUGGGCAAAGGGAAGUUAGAGAUACCGAUACAAAGUCUGGCCGAGGUUGCCGUGAGACCUGAGGACCCGGCAGUCAGGACCCAGAUGGCACGUCUUGGUCGCCUAUGUCAUCAACGGAUAGAAUCAUCUGGAGCUGUGAUAUGGACAAGCAGAUUCCCAGCAGCCCAGGCCCUCGCUGUCUCCUCCACUCUUCAGGCAGCUUCCCUCCAUGUUUGGCUGUUGGUUUAAAAUCUGGCAAGCCACGGGAGCCAUGGGUGGCCCAGAACAUCACGUGGGAUUCUCCUGCUCAACUGCUAACGGGCUUUCAGGCUUCUUUCUGACAGCGGGAGGGCUGUUUCAGGAAAGUGAGACUCAAGAGGAAGACAAAGAAAGUUGUAAUGUAGAGAAAGUGAGGCUGGUGAAUUGGGUUGAUUUUCCCAUCCACAUGGCUGUCAUAUCGUUUCUAGUAUGCGUGCCCCACCCCCGCCCCCCUCACCUCACCUCCGCUACUUUAAAACCUUCUACUAAUCAAGAGAAACUUCCAAGCCAACAGAAUGGUCGGAUCUCACAGGCUGAGAAUUUGUUCACCUCCAAACAUUUCAUGGAAAAGCUGCUUCUCAUUAACCAUGCAAACUCUCACGACAGUGUGCAGAGCUUGACAGAUCUUUCAAAAUAAAAAGUAACGACUUAGAAAGCGC